AAAACGAGGCUGGGCGGAUCGACAUGCCGGUUGCUAGACCGGCCACCGAUCCGUAGAUCUACCGAAGAUACAGCAAACCCAAAUUUCCAUAUACCGCCGGUUGCGGGAAUCUAGGGUUCCUGUUCAUCCUUCCCUCCCCCCGACCAUCUCCAUCUCCACUUCCGACGUCCACCCCUCAAUUAGGGUUUCUGAUUCUCCUCCCUUCUCCCUCCUCCCUCCUUCCUUCUCCCUUCGUUGAACGAUGGGUCGCUCCCGCGCGGUGCCCAACUCUGGAGACGAUGAAGCCAACCAGAGGUCAAAGAGAAGGAGGGUUGCUUCAAGCGGAGAAACACUGGAGACAAUAACCUCAGGUUCAGGAACAAAUGACGGAAAGAAGGCUCUAUAUCACUGUAAUUAUUGUAAUAAGGACAUAUCUGGGAAGAUUAGGAUCAAAUGCAGUAAAUGCCCUGAUUUUGAUCUAUGUGUUGAGUGCUUCUCUGUAGGUGCAGAAGUCACUCCACACAAAAGCAAUCAUCCUUACAGGGUCAUGGACAAUCUGUCUUUUCCCCUUAUUUGUCCAGAUUGGAACGCUGAUGAGGAAAUACUACUUCUAGAGGGAAUUGAGAUGUAUGGACUGGGGAACUGGGCUGAAGUUGCUGAGCAUGUUGGCACCAAGAGUAAGGCACAAUGUAUUGAUCACUAUACAACAGCAUACAUGAACUCACCUUGCUAUCCUCUUCCGGACAUGUCUCGUGUUAACGGUAAGAACAGAAAAGAACUCCUUGCUAUGGCUAAAGUGCAAGGGGAGGGCAAGAAAGGAAAUUCAAUGCUUGGGGAUGUGACGGUUAAAGAAGAAUCUCCAUUCUCACCAUCAAGAGUCAAGGUUGAAGACUCAGGUGGGGAGGCGCCAGCUGGCCGAUCGCCGUCAAACUUAUCUGCUGACAAACACAUGGAUAGAAGUGUUGGUGUGAAAAAGCCUAAAUAUUCAGGUGAAGAAGGUCCUUCUGUGGCAGAGUUAAGUGGUUACAACCCGAAGAGGCAGGAAUUUGACCCUGAAUAUGAUAAUGAUGCUGAAAAAUCACUUGCUGAGAUGGAAUUCAAGGAGAAUGACUCUGAAACUGAUCGUGAAUUGAAGCUGCGUGUAUUACGUAUUUACUUGUCGAGGCUUGAUGAGAGGAAAAGGAGGAAGGAAUUCAUCUUAGAAAGGAAGUUACUGUUCCCUAAUCCGCUGGAGAAGGAACUCUCUAAUGAGGACAAAGAAAUAUAUCACCGUUUCAAAGUUUUCAUGCGCUUCCUUUCUCAAGAAGAACAUGAAACCUUAGUCAGGAGUGUUAUUGAGGAGAAAAAAAUUCGAAGGAGAAUUCAAGAGCUUCAGGAAUGUCGUGCUGCUGGUUGUCGUACGUUAGCUGAAGCAAAAACAUACAUUGAGCAGAAGCGGAAGAAGGAAAUAGAGGCAAAUGCACAAAAAACUAAGGAAAGUGGCCAGGCUCUACUGAGCACAAAAGGUGUACAAAAAACUGGCCGCCCAGCAAAAGUUGAAUCCGAUGGGAGCCCAAGAAACAGUGUUGACCCCAAAAUAAAAGGUAGUGUUGGGUUAGAUUCUGGUGGCAAGGACUCUCCGACAGCGAUGGGCCUGAUAAAUACAAAGUCGUGGGAUGAUUGGGAUAUUACUGGACUUCCUGGAGCAGAAUUGUUAAGCGAAACUGAGCAACGUCUCUGCUGCCAGAAUAGAUUGCUCCCCAGUCAUUAUCUUAAGAUGCAGGAGGUAUUGGUGCAGGAAAUCUUGAAAGGCACUGUUAUGAAGAAAUCUGAUGCCCAUGGACUGUUCAAGGUCGAUCCUAUCAAACUGGAUCAUAUAUACGAAAUGGUGACCAAAAAGUUAGGUCAUCACGAGGAGUCUCCCAUUGCUUGAUUCAUUCUUUCAAGCACGUUGUUGUGAAUUCACACUAUUCCUUCAUAAUCUGAGUUCUGCCAUAGCUUUACAUUUAAUGUCAGAAAACGUACUCGUUGGAACCAGACUUACCUGUUCUGUAUGUAUGUAUCCUUAGGACAUGCUGAGAACAGUCUUCAUAAAUUAACUCAGUAGCAGCUUCCUUUGAAGGUGGAGCCCUGAAAUAAAAGUCAGAGUAUGCGAUAAAAGUUUGUAAAUCAGGUAUUAUUUAUAAGAUGAUGAUGAAAGUGAUGAUGUGUUAGUUGGUAA